AUCAUGUGCAGGUCUUAUGAUGCUGCGGAAGUGUCUCAAUCAGGCUGUCGCGGGGAACAGGCACUACAUGACAUCUGUAAGUGCUUGAAUAAAAUUGGAGAGACCUGACCUGCUGUGAUUCGACUAUGGACCGGGAAAAGGAUCUAAGGCGCAGCCAGUCUUUGAAGAGUCUCCCCUCACAGUCGGACAAGGCGAUCUGGACAGAUGCAGGACUGCAGGACAGGAUGAUAUCUGUGUCCCAGUUAGUGGCCAGGUAUCAAACUACAAAGAAAAAAAGCACAUCAAGUCAACGUGCGCCAGAGAAUAAUGUUGAAGGAAAUACAAAGAAACCACUAACGGAGAUGACUCCAUCUCCCCUGCACAGCAGGGAGACUCAUCUGGAGUCCCUUCUGAAGAGAAAUGAAGAGCGGGAGAGAGCUCGGGCCACAACCACCCUGACCCGCAGUAAAUCAGUGGGUAGCCUCCAAAACAGCAGUGGGUCCAUAGAGGCCUUGAAGGCUCUUUUUGAGUCGAAGGCAACAGCAAAGCUGAAACCAAAGAGCAGUUUUAAAACUGGAAACGUAGCAUUAGGUUACGCUGUGGACAAGCCAGUGAUGAAUGGAGAGACUGAGGAUGUGCAGAGUGCUGAAAAGAAAACUAAAAAGGAGCCAAAAGAUGAUUUUCUGACUCAAAAGGUGGUGAAUCAGACCCCGACAGAGAGGAACAAAACAAUAGCGGGCAUUGAUUUUGAAAAGCUUUCAGCAUCUGAAGCUGAUGAAAAGAGGAGGUCAGCUGCUGACUUCAGAGACAGCUCUUUCAUCCAAACCAACGAGAUACUGUCUGUCUCGGUCAAAGCUAUGUCUGCUCUCUAUAUGUCAAAAGUGGCAAAGAAGGAAUCACCAAACAGGCCUUCUAAAGUGGAAAAGGAUCAAGCUCAACCACGAGACUCGGGAAAGUGGAGCAUACUAACUAAGAUGGAUGAAGACUCUGAACACAGAAAAGAUGAUUAUCCACCAGAAGAGCCUGAAAAGGGACUCGAAGACAUCGCUGACGGACAUUCUGAACAAUUGAUGUCUUCCCAACUUUCCAGGGAAAAGUUAUUCCAACAACGACAGAAAAAUGAGCUGAGACGGCUCCUGAAGCAUACAUGCCCAGAGAUAAAGAUGCUGGACGAUGUUGUGAAUGAGGAGUUUGCUGAAGUGUUGAGCUCUAAAUCAGAGUCUAGUGGGGAAACCGGAUAUGAGGGAGAGGUUCUUUCAAGAUGCUUGAUAUUUGAAAACCGUGGCAGCAGCUACAGCACCCCAAAGAUCCGUGUAGAAGAGGAAGCAGUGGAAAGACAGGAUCAUCGGAAAACAUCAGCGGUUUUGGAAGGGCUAAAAGAUGAAUCUUACACUAAGAGUUGUGAAGGGAUGAUAACAAGUGAUAAGUCUCAUGACUUAUCAUCAAAUUAUAAUAAAGAAGUAGAGGAACAGAUGGCAAAAAUAGAUCUUAAAGCUACUAGAAAGGUAUUUGAGAAUAAGUGUUCAAGCACCGUAAAGCCAGAUGAGAUUCAGGGGAAUGUUACUAUGGUUUUGAACAAACCACCUGAAAUAUCUUCUGCUGACAGCAUACAAGGUGAUAACAAAAGUGGGGACAAGAAUUUAGAAGAACAAAAGCUGUGUGUUAGUGCUGUUGGUAAAAGUACAGAAAAUGACAUUUCUUGCAGAGAAGCAUUUCCCUAUAAUGAUCUCCCACUUGAGGGGAGUGUCAUAAGUUUUAUUGAAUCAGAAAGAAAAAGAGAAACAAUAAAAACAAAUGUAGCACUUUUCCAAAAUAACCCCUUUAUUUCCUCUAACAUUGAAAGAGAGAAUUUUUUAAGCCAUCCAUCAAAAACUCAAAAUCAAAGCAUUGUAGCAAGUGAAGAUUAUCCAAUUGCCAAUGUAAAGAACAGAACACAUCUGUUUGAAUCCAUGCCAUUCGAUAAAAUUAGGCAUCAGAAUCAGGAUGAAAUUGAGACGCUGGUGGAAAACAUCAAAGAAACAUUAAAUUUCCUCCACCAUGUGAACGCCAUUCACUCAGAUGGGGCAAUUAUUGAGGUUAACGAGACAAUGAUCGCUAAAAAGGCACAGUUCAUAAUAUCAGACAAGGGACCUGAGAUAAAAUACGAUAAGGUGGCUGAAGGUGGUGCACAAAAUUUUAUAGUCCAGCUGCUUCCACGGGUAAACCUAAAACCUCAGAUAAUUUACCUCAAGGAAGAUGAUAAAGGGUUUAUGGAGGCCACAUUGGUGGAUGCACUGGCUCACCAGCAUAGAUUCAGUGCAAACAAAGACGCUGAGUUAAAAACUGCCAAUGUAGUUCAGUUGGUUGAGGAUAUCCUCAAUCAGGACAACUCCCUGAGAAAAGGGGUGAUCAUUCAAGAAGAUGCCAGAAACGGUGCAGAAGUCAUUGUUUAUUCCCUCUACAAGUACUUUGAUGAAGAAGACGUGAAGUGCUACAGCCCUCCAAACAGUGCAGAUCAUGAUGAACCUGAGGCAGAAACAGUCUCAGUUCCAAAGAGCAGUCAAGACCAAUCCAGGUCUGGGUCAAUUAGGGCCAAUGUCAAAUUGUUCAAAAGUUGCAUCGAAAAGGGUGACUUAGAAUACUUAAGAUCACUUCAUGAUGAUGAACAGACCAUUCACAAUACUGAACAAAGUCAAAGUGAAGUAGCUGUCAGACUGGAUGAUGAAUGUCAUCAUCACCAUAUAAGUAAUCCAACAGAAGAGUGUAUCCAAGUAGAUGUAAAAAGACUAAAAGGCAUGUUCUCUGAAGGGAGAAGUCCUAGUCAUAGUAAAUGUGUCAAAUCUUCUGCAGUAUCAUUAGGAAAAAGUCAAUCUCCUGUAGAAUGCAAUACGGGGGCAUUCUUGUUUCCACAGUCCAACAAUAGUUUUAAUGCUUGCUUCGGUCAAGGGCUUAAAGAAGUUCUGGCAAAUUCUGAACAUCAAAAUCAAAACAGGGUUCAACAAGCUGAGAUGGCAGAAACCUACACAGAAGAACUGUUUGAAAUACCCAUUAUAACACUGUCAGGAGCAGAAGCAGAAUCAACUCAAGAAAUCUCAAGCACAAAAGUGGAAUCAUGCUUAGAAAAAAGUAAUAAAUCUCCAUUAGUUGAAGGAAUUUUCUCAGCACCUAAAUCAGACUGGUUACCCAAAAACACAGAAACAAUGAGUGAAGAGGCCAGUUCUAAGAAACAGCACGCCUCUGAGACAUGCAACAAAAUUAAUGAAGGAUUUAGAGAAUUAGCUAAAAAUGAAAACGUUAACAUUUCUUUGGUUCCUGAACAAAUUUCAGAAGCAACACGUGAACAACAAGAAGUUUGUUAUCAGGGCACAAUACAAGCAGCGUUGGAUUCCUUGGAGAAGUCUAAUAUCAAUGUGACAAGAGGAGACAUCAGGGCAGCUAUGAUAUACAGACAGUCCAACAAAUCUUAUCAGAAAAACUCACAAAGUAAUGUUCAAAAGCAAAGUACUACAGACUUUUGCUCUUUGGCUGAGCCUAAAUCAAAUCAAGAACAACAAAAGCCAGAAACACCCGAGCAAGAAGUAACAGUGGCAAAUGUGCAACCUCCACACCCAAAAACAGCAAAUACUGAGCCUCUAUACCUAACUGAAAACCCACUACACCUACACGUGACUGCAUCAAAUACAGAGCCUUCUCACCCCUCUGAAUCACCACUAAACCUAAAAGUGACUUUGUCAGAUGCAAAACCUCCACACCCAACUAAAGAACCACUAAACGUAAAUGUGAAGGUAAUGAAUGCAGAGCCUCCACACCCAACUAAAGAACCAUUUAAGCAAAAAGAAAUUGUGACAAAUUUUGAGCCUCUGCACCCAGCUGAAGGACUAGUAGACACACAAGUGACUGUGUCAAAUGCAGAGCCUCCAUGCCCAACUAAAGAACCACUCAACCAAGAAGUAACUGUGGCAAAUGUGGAGUCUUCACACCCAACUAAAGAACUACAAAACCUAGAACUGACUUUGUCAGAGCCAGAGCUGCCACACCCAACCAAAGAAACACUGAAUCUAGAAGAGACUGCAGUGAAUGCAGUGCAUCCACACCCAUCUAAAGAACCACUAAACCAAGAAAUUACUGUGGCAAAUGUGGAGCCUCCACACCCAACUGAAGAUCCAGUAACACAAGAAGUAACUGUGGCAAGUACAGAGCCUCGAUACCAAACUACAGAACCACCAAAACAAGAAGUAACCGUGGUUAAUGUGGAACAUCCACACCCAACUGAAGAACUAAUGAACACACAAGUGACUGUGUCAAAUGCAGAGCCUCCAUGUCCAACUAAAAUGCUGCUCAACCAAGAAGCCACCGUUGCAAAUGUGGAGCCUCCACUUUCCCCUAAAGAACCACUAAACUUUGAAGUGGCUGUGCCAAAUGCAGAGCCUCCACACCCAGCUGAAGAGCCACUCAACCAAGAAGUAACUGUGGCAAAUGUGGAGACUUCAUCACAUACACCAAAGGAGCUACUCAACCACGAAGCAGCUAUGGCAAAUCUGAAGCCUCUACAUCCAACUGAAGAUCCAGUAAAGCUGCAAGUGAAUAUGGAAAAUGCAGCGAGUCCAUGCCUAACUAAAGAAUUACUAAACCAAGAAGUAAAUGUGGCAAAUGCAGAGCCCCCACAUCCAAUCAAAACCCAUAACAGGCCUUCACAAGGUGUUGUGUCAACAAAAAGCAAAAUAGUCACUGGCCCCAAACCACCAAUUCCACCUAAACCUGAACAUUUGAAAGAGAAACAAGAAGUAAGUCAGUCAUCUCCUAGUAGGCAUACAGAGGAACACAAAAUUUGUACUAUGGGAACUGAAGAAAUGUUCUGUCAGGUUUCCCAGCCAUCAGCAACAACAUUGUUUUUAGGUCAAGAAGACGCUACCAAUAAGUCAGUGGAUCAUAAUGAAAACCACAAUUUAGACAAAUCUACAAAGAUGUUGCAACAGAAAAAAGGGAAGUCAGACAUACAAUGUUUGACCAUGGUCUUAGAGAGUAAUGAAACAGAUAUAAGAAAAAUAAAUGGACAACAAAAGAUUGAAACCAUAGAAACGAAAGAUAUUCCUCAAAGCACAUUCGUACAUGACAUAACAUCUGAAACGGAUGAAACCCAUAUAAAUUUCCAGGAGGCCCGGCAAAAAUUUGGUGGCAAAGUUGUGUCAUCAAAAAAGAUGGCCCCUGCAAAGCCAAAACGAGUAAAACAUAUUCAGUCCAGUGACAAAACCCAAAAACACUUAACAAGAGAAUGCACUACAGAUGGGACUGUCCACAUUGGAGCUGAUCCAUCAUACAACAACUGUGAAAUAACUGCUGACAGUGUAGAUAGCCAAUACAAGGACACAAAGCAAGACAUCAAAGUUGAGAAGAGGGAAAAGAAAGCAAGAACGGAAACAGAUGAUGAAUGCAGACAGCGACUGUCCAUACACAUGGAUGAGAUUGUGAGAGGAAACGUAACUGCGGCAAUGGAAAUCUUUGAACACUUGAGAAAGCAAGAGCAACUGCAAAGCAUUCUGAGUCGUGUAGAAGAAAUUGAAAGCGACACGAGUGAGGUUGAUGUGACAUCUCUCAGGAGAGUAUUUGAGAACGUUCCUGACUGGAUUGUCAAUACAGACAAAACAGGGCGAAAGAAGGUCAAAGCAGAAAAUAAAGACAAAGUGAUGCAGUCAUCAGCAGACAAAAAACAUUGCAAGUCCUCAAUGGAGCAUGUAUAUGGAGAUCUUGAGCGUGCUAGUGAGGAAAUAAUAAAUCUUAAAGAGCAGACUUUAGCUAGACUUAAGGAUAUAGAGGACACCAUUAAGAAAGCACUUCUUUCUGUUUCUACACUAAAAUCUGACUCAGAUAUUUUAAAUUUAUCAAAUCUGCUCAAAGAAUCCCUGGGGGCUGUGCAAGAAUCUCCACAUGCUAGUAACAUAAACAAAACUGAUUUAAGCAGAACCAAACCACAACAAUCAGAAGAAAGUUAUUUUCCACAAAGAAGUAGCUCUACAGGCACUGCAACAGCUCCUAGCACAGAUCAGUUUUCUACAAAGCAACAGCAAAGCCCUCCAUCUUCACCUGCAUUUAUUUCUAUUCAGUCAGCAGCAAGAAAAACAGACAAAACAGACAUUGUGCCACCAGAAACUUUAAUCUGUAUGAAGUGUCAGUUGAGCCCAAGGCCAGAAGAAACAUUCAGAACCACAAAGACAGUGAUGUGCAAUAGCCCCACUCAAGGUAAAAAAGUGAAACCCAAGAAAGGAGGACGACAGCAAACUUCUAACAGCCAACAAAAUCGAGAGCUUAGUGUGCUCCAGGUACAAACUGACAGCGAAGGGAACAGCAUCAGAGGGACAGCAGUGGAGAACUAUGAGAGGACAGAUAACUCUGAUAAUAGGUCUUAGACAUCCAAAACCUCAUCCAAAACAAGUCAGGCUGUAAUCCAGAGGUUCAGCAGCCAAUAAAUCAGGUUAAGGAUUUGGGUAUCUGGAUAGAUAAGUGUUUGUUUUUCAUGUUCUCACAAUAUGUUCUUUAUCUACUAAGUACUUAUUUGAGUGCUAAAUAGAUUUUUCAUUUAUGAGUUUAUUACUGAAGGUAUUUCUUAGGUUUUUAAUUGUUGCUACUUCAACAUUAUAUAAAUUUCUUUUUGUUAUAAUUUGCAUUUGAAUUUUAGUACUUUUUACAUUUCUAUCAGCAACUUUCUAAUAAAUUCUUUUUGUGAAAAUCCCUCAUGAGCUUGAAGUAAACCUAGUCUCAUUUUUUUUAUCAGUUUCAACCAACUUCUCGAGAGAUGUGCUCAGCCUGUCAGAAGCCAGUUUAUCAGAUGGAAAAAGUCACAGCAGACAAAUAUAUUUUUCACAAAACGUGCUUCUGCUGCAAACAGUGCAAGAAAAAACUAAG